AUGGCCACGACCUUCUCAACCGCGACUGCGAUCCCGCAACACGCACCCUAUCAGCACCACGCCUACCGCAAGAGCACCCACUCGCAGUACUCGCCCACCCACUCCGGCGUCAACACGCCCGCCAACGUCUCGCCCACGUCGCCGCGCACCACACACCUGCCCCUCGCCCGCCACCAGGGCAUCUACCAGCCGCGCACCGCCAUCGGCAUCCCCGCAGCCCUGCGCAAGACGGAGAAGCCCAGCAGCAAGUCGCCGCCCAAGGUCGACUCGGGCGUGUCGUCCCCGAACCAGGGCUGGUCGGCUGGCACGUACGGGUGGGUCGCCAACGAGGGCAGCGCGACGCCCGUCUCGCAGAUUGGCAAUGAAGACAUGCAGAGCCUCUACAACGCCGAACCAUUGUCGCCCGUCGCGGGGCCAAUCACACGCAACCACUGGCAGGCCGACGGUUCCACAUCGGUGUGCUCGGCAUCCAGCUGCCAGGAGCCCUUUGGCUUCUUCCAGCGGCGCCACCACUGCCGCAAGUGCGGCGGCAUCUUCUGCUGGCAGCACUCGCGCAACAACGUGCGUCUCGACGAGCUCGCGCGCUUCCACCCCGAAGGCCACUGGCACCGUGCCUGCGACCGCUGCCACAGCUCCUUCCGCGAGUGGGAGCAUCUCCGCUCCAGCCGCACCAACAGCGAGAGCUCCGAUAGCAGCAACAGCAGUCCUGUUCCCGCAAAGUCCAUCGAGACUCCUGCCCCGGCUAAGCGUCCUGAGAACACGCGCGUAGGCAGCCUCGCCCAGAGCUUCCAGGGCACAUGGAACUGGAGCACUUUCUAA